CUGGACUAGACUGACUUGCUUUUGAUGGUGAGAUCUGCACUGAAUAAUUCACUCCUCGCAACUCGCUCUGUACAUACCUCUUUCUCUUCAUCCACCGACUCCACGAUUUGAUCCUUCAUUGAUUGAACCCCACUUCUACUGCCCCUCUUACGAACCGCGACCUUUCUGUGUCCCAAGAUGGUGCUCGAUUACAGCAAAUGGGACGCCUUGGAGCUGUCCGAUGACUCCGAUAUUGAGGUUCAUCCGAAUGUCGACAAGCGCUCUUUCAUUCAGGCCAAGCAGAACCAAAUCCACCAGCAGCGUGUGCACCGCCGCUAUGAAAUCGAUACGUUGAAGUACGAACGAGUCAUCAACGAUGGACUCCUCUCGCGCAUUGACAAACUACUCGCAAUCUUGCGGGAGCACGAAGGCUCCAGGACUCCUGAGGAAUACGUGUUCCAGGUCCUUAUGGAAAGUGCAGCAAACCCCGCCGAGGAUUCGCCGCCCGAGGCACCGGAAGGCGUCCACACGCAGGUGAAGGAGCAGCCAAAGUACUCGCAGAUGAUGAGCUCUCUGGUGGAUCAGGUCAAGCAGGAGAUCGGCGAUGUCAGCACGGAGGAACUGACCAAGGCAUACAUCAAAGGGGUGCAGGGACACAAGGACAAGGUGCAAGGGCUGCAGAAGGAACUUCUGGAAAGACUCGCGCAGCUCGAGAAAGAGGAAAGCAGCAAGAUCACAAGUGACAUGCUGCACACUGGAUUCGACACCUCCCAUGUGGCCAAGGCGGAGGCCGACAAGGGCAAGGCGGAGGCCGACAAGGGCAAGGCGGCUCAGUCGGAAUCCGUUGAGCUUCUGAACCCGGCAGCGGGAAGCCAGGCGUCAUCGCAGAAGACUGGCGGCGAUGAUGACGAGGAGGAGGACCCGGAGAACAUGAAGGCUAGCGAUUUGGCCAAGCGGUUCGCAAAGAUCAGUCGUUCCGACUACCGAUCCUUGCAGCAAUUCAUUGGCGAAAACCCGCAGAUUGUCGCGGAGAAGGAGACCGACGGUUUACUGGUGGAGGCUUUCAACAGUCAAAUGGCCGGAAAGGACGAUUAUGCCCGCUCGUGCGUUCACCAAGGACUGCUGCUGCAGUACUGUCGCUCCCUGGGCCGGGACGGAAUUUCCCUGUUCUUCAAGCGUAUCACCACCAAGGACCACCAAGCGUCGACACUCUUCCAGAAAGAUGUCACCGAAACCUAUCACAGAAUUAAGACCCGCGCCGCAGAGCUUGCGAAGGACAGUUCCGCCUCGAACGACCCUGCCGGUGUGGAGCAAAUCCAGCUGCAUGCCGUGGAUCCCAACACGAAAAUCACUAUCAACAUCCCUGCAGCAAACAGCACAGAACCGAUCGAGAUCGAAGCCCGCAAGGUCUUCGACUCCUUCUCCGAGGAGCUCCAGAAGGCUCUGGCCUCGGAGUCUCUGGAUGAGGUCAACAAGGUGCUUGGAAAGAUGAGCGUACCGGAAGCCGAGGAUCUUAUCGAGAAACUCGGGGAUAGCGGCAUGCUCAGUCUGGAAGAAGGCAUCGUCGACGCUACCACGGAAGAGGGCAAGAAGAAGUUGGAGGAACUGGAGGCUGAGGGCAAGAGGGAGAAGAAAGAAGAAAUCGGCGAGCCUGGCGGUGAUGUUGCCGAGCUGGACUAAGUUCGCGGGUUGUUGUAAAGUGCAUUUGGCUUGGUUUAUGGCAUGGCCCAAAACUUCUGUCAUGAAUUGCCCCAAAUUCAGUCGUAUCUAGGGGUCGUUAUAUACUUUGUAUAAUUUUGCAUUUCUGAAUAAGCGUUGUGAGCUACGAUUCCGAAUUCUCGUACAGACUGGACUGC